CGCGUGCGGGGGAGGGGCGGCCGCGCCGCCUCCAGCGUCGCCGCCAUGGACCUAGGACCCUUGAAUAUCUGUGAAGAAAUGACAAUACUGCAUGGGGGCUUCUUGCUGGCUGAGCAGCUGUUCCACCCUAAAGUCCUGUCCGAACUGACCAAAUCAGACUGGGAGCAUGUUGGGCGGCCGAUUGUGGAGGCCUUGAAGGAGAUCUCGGCCAUAGCAGACUCGCAGCCGUGUACCUGGAAGAAGAAGGCUCUGAUUGUCAUCUGGACCAAGGUUCUUCAGCCCUCUCCUGCCAGCCCUUCUGACACUGAAACUCGCUGGCAGGAAGAUGUAUUCUUCUCGGUGGGCAACAUGAUCCCGACCAUCAACCACACGGUCCUUUUUGAGCUGCUCAAAUCCUUGGAAGCUUCCGGACUCUUCAUCCAGCUCCUGAUGGCCCUGCCCAACACCAUCUGCCGCUCGGAGCUGGAGCACUUUCUGGAGCACAUGCGCACUGACACUUCUUCACAGGACGUGGCCUUCUUCCUCGAUGUCUGGUGGGAGAUGAUGAAACACAAGGGCAACCAGCAGGACCCCCUGCUCUCCCAGUUUCGGGCCAUGGCCCAUCAGUAUGUCUCAGCAGCCGAUGAGUUCUCCCACCCGCCGAAGAGGUUUAAGUCGGACCCGGAUGUGAGUCCCACCAUGCCCUUGCUGGCCAUGCUGCUCAGCGGGCUGAAGCAAAUCCAGAGCAGCAUCUUGUGCCCCAGGAUGAAGUGCUGCGCCCUGGCCAACCUGGCUGACAUGCUCACCGUCUUUGCCCUGACGGAGGACGACCCCCAGGAAGUGUCGGCCACUGUGUAUCUAGACAAACUGGCCACAGUGAUCUCCGUGUGGAACUCGGACACUCAGAACCCAUACCACCAGCAGGCGCUCGCGGAAAAGGUGAGGGAGGCGGAGCGGGACGUCAGCCUGACCUCUCUGGCCAGGCUCCCCAACGAGACCGUCUUCAUGGGGUUCGAGUUCAUACGCGGCCUGCUGGGGGAGUGGGGGGAGGAGCUGCAGGCCCUGCUCGACAGCAGCCAGGGCACCAGCUAUGACAGCUACCGGCUCUGCGACAGUCUCACUUCCUUCAGCCAGAACCUGAAGCUGUUCCUGGACAACGCCACCUUGUCCAAGGAGGAGCGGCAAGUGGUCUCAGAGCUGGCGGAGUGUGUGGCGGACUUCCUGAAGAAAACGGCCAGGGUCCUGAAGCACAAAGGCUUUGAGAAGGAUAUCACGGCUGCCAUCGCCAUGGCCAUAAUUGAGCAGAAGAUGGACCGGCACAUGGAAGUGUGCUACAUUUUUGCUUCGGAGAAGAGAUGGGCCUUCUCCCCCGAGUGGCUGACCUGUCUCGUGAACAACCAGGCCCUCUUCCAAGAGCCAGCGUUGGUGCUGAUGCUGCUAGAGACGGUGAUUGAGGUCAGUGUGGCAGACCGAGCCAUCCCUGAAUCUCAGGUCAAGCAAGUCAUCACCUUGAUUCUGGGAUGUUAUGCCAGCCUGUCGCUGCCUGAUAAAAACAAAGUCCUCUCCGGCGUCCUGUCUUCCUGGGGCUGGGAGGGGCUCUCUGCAAAGUUGUCGGUUUACUUGGAGGGGUUUCAGGAUGACCUCAAUGUGACUUUUAACCAGCUUGUACAGAGCCCCUCCGAGCAAGGCUUGGCCAAAGCGGUAGCGUCUGUGGCCCGCCUGCUGAUUCUGAGCCCAGAGGUGACGGUGAAGAAGAUGUGUGUCAUGGCUGUCAGCCAUCUCGGUGCCCACAGGUUCCUGGCCCAGAUUCUCACCUCCUUCCCUGCGCUCAAGUGCUCGCGAGAGCAGGAUGCAAGUCCAGACUCCACACUCGUAGUGUCAUGCCUCAAAGAAGCCGUCUGGGGGAAGCUGGCGACACCCAAGGAAGAAAAGCAGUUCUUGGAGCUCGUAAACUGCCUGAUGAACCCCGUGAAGCCACAGGGGAUUCCUGUGGCCACUCUCCUGGAGCCAGAUGAGGUGCUGAAAGCAUUCGUCCUGCCUUUCUUGAUGCUCGAUGUCAAAGAGGUGGAGCUGAGCGUGAAGAUCUUCAUCCAGAGCCUAGAAGCCAACGCAUGCCUAGAGGAAUAUUGGCUCCAGACCUGCUCCCCAUUUCCCCUCAUCUUCAGCGUCUGCCAGCUCCUGGAUGGCUUUAGCAAAUACUGGCAGCUGCCCAAGGAGAAGCGGUGCCUCUCCCUGGACGGGAAGGAUCAGGUGAUCCAUAUCCUGGAUCUCCUUUGCGAGGCCGUCUUGGCUAACGUUGAGACCAUCUCCCCAGACACCUGGACCAAGUCCCUGUCAUGGCUCCACCGGAAGCUGGAGCAGCUGGACUGGACAGUGGGCCUGAGACUGAAGAAUUUCUUUGAGGGCCACUUUAAGUGUGAAGUGCCAGCCACACUCUUUGAGAUCUGUAAGCUUUCUGAGGACGAGUGGACCUCACAGGCCCACCCGGGCUACGGGCCGGGCACCGGGCUGCUGGCCUGGAUGGAAUGCUGCUCCAUCUCCAAGGGCAUCUCGGAGCAAAUGCUCUCUCUCUUGGUGAUGGAUUUGAGCAACCCCGAGGAGGUCAGACUAUUCAGCAAGGGCUUUCUGGUGGCUCUGGUGCAGCUGCUGCCAUGGUGCAGCACCCAGGAGUGGCAGUGCCUUCACCAGCUGACCAGGAGGCUGUUGGAGCAGCAGCUCCUGCAUGUCCCAUACAGCCUGGAAUAUAUUCAGUUUGUUCCUCUCCUCAACCUGAAGCCGUUCGCCCAGGAGCUGCAGCUCUCCGUUCUCUUCCUGAGAGUCUUUCAGUUUCUCUGUAGCCAGAGUUGUCGCAAUUGGCUUCCCUUGGAUGGCUGGUGCCAUGUGGUCAAACUCCUUUGUGGCAGCCUGACCAACCUCCUGGACACCAUCAGGUCAAUACAGUCUGCUGGCCCCUGGGCCCAGGGACAUGAGCAUGACCUGACCCAGGAAAGCCUCUUUGUUUACACGCAGGUGUUCUGUCAUGUGCUGCACAUCAUGGCCAUGCUCCACCAAGAUGUGUGUGACCCUCUCUAUGUGUUGGCCCUAGAAAUUCUCACCAGCUACGAAACCCUGAGCAAGACCAACCCUUCAGUGAGCUCCGUGUUCCAGAAGGCCAAUGAGCAGCGCUUCUUAAAGUCCAUCGCGAAGAACAUUACCCCAGAGGAGCGGCGCCAAACUCUGCUGCAGAAGAUCAGCAACUUCUGACCUCUGCAGGUCAGAACCCAGCGGUGCCUCAACUUGGCAGGCUCCACGGGGGCAUAAGCUAAGCAGCUCAGACUUAGUCCUGUGAACCUGGACACAAGCUAAAACGCCAACAGCCAUAACUGCAAAAAAAAAGUUUCUUAGGUAUUUGCUAUAUACAGAGCAUAAUAAAAUUCUCUUGCGUUUCCACUUGUGUCUUGAGUUCAUCAGCCAUGCUAUAGGCUUAGAUGCUCUUGAAACUGGGCUCAGCCCAAGUCAAGGUGGAAGACAGGUUCGUAACUGGACUUCACCCUCAAACUUGGCAGAUGAAACCCAAGUGGGCAAAUCACAGGGAACGACUGUGUGUUCUACACUGAUAACCUCUUCAUAGGGCAUUCUGCGGUACCUUCAAAGGGGCAUCAACUGUGCCAAGAUUUCUAUUUGGCCACCAGUGGGUAGUGAGACUUGUUAUCUCUCUGUAAAAUAGAACUAGUUCAAAAAAAUGAAAUGUCAGAGGGGUAUGUGCUUAAUUAGUAUCAGACACACUGGUGAAGGGUGUCGGGUUGGA